AUGACUAAGAGCGAUAAUGCAAAUUUAUUGAACGACAACAGGCUGGGACCUGGAGGAGCAGCCCAGCUGAAAGCCCAGAUAAUGCCCGCCCAGCCGAAGACCCUGCAGCAUUUGCCCAAGCGACCGGCAGUGGACUUGGCGUUCCACAACCUGACAUACCGUGUCAAGGAAGGAAACCGCAGCAAUGCCAAAACCAUUCUGAAGGGCGUCAGUGGGCGCCUGCGGUCGGGAGAGCUCACAGCCAUCAUGGGACCAUCCGGCGCUGGCAAGAGUACGCUGCUCAAUAUUUUGUCCGGCUACAAAACGUCGAGCAUCGAAGGAAGCGUCACCAUGAAUGGCGCUGAGCGCAAUCUGAGUGCUUUCCGCAAGUUAUCUGCCUACAUCAUGCAGGAUAAUCAGCUGCACGGAAAUCUAACUGUACAGGAAGCGAUGACGGUGGCAACGAAUUUAAAGCUCAGCAAAAAAUUCACAAAGCCUGAGAAGAACUCAAUGAUCGAUGACAUUUUGCUGACUCUGAGCUUGAGUGAGCACCGCAAUACGAUGACUCGCAAUCUGUCAGGCGGUCAGAAGAAGCGUCUGUCCAUUGCCUUGGAGCUGGUCAGCAAUCCGCCCAUCAUGUUCUUCGAUGAACCCACCUCCGGGCUGGACAGCUCGACCUGUUUCCAGUGCAUUCAUCUGCUGAAAAUGCUGGCCGCAGGCGGACGCACAGUUAUAUGCACCAUCCAUCAGCCCUCCGCCCGUCUCUUCGAGAUGUUCGAUCAGUUGUACACUCUGGCCGAUGGACAGUGCGUCUACCAGGGCAGCACCAGGCAGCUGGUGCCCUUCCUCUCCACCCUGAACCUGGAGUGCCCCAGCUACCACAAUCCGGCCAGCUAUGUCAUUGAGGUUUCUUGCGGAGAGCACGGCGAUCACACGCGCAAGCUGGUGGAGGCAAUCGACAAUGGCAAGAGGGACAUCCGCUCCUCAGCAGACUACGCCGGACUGAAGGCCCGCAAUGAUCUGGUGAAGGUACAGAACCUGAAGGCCAUUCUGGACAAGAACGAUGCCUCGAAUGUCAGCGGCAGCAAGUACGAGGAUAAUCUGACCCUGAACAAUGGCUUGCUCAACGGCAUGGUAAACGAUAUUGUGAAGAACACGAACUCCAGCACCGCCGUGGUCAGUACCAAUGAGAAGGGCGAUGCCAUGAUCGAUGUGGAGAAGACGGACAACUGCACAACGGCCUUGCUCUCCGAGGAGAUAACAUCGCCAGAGCGUUAUCCCACAUCGCAGUUCCAUCAGUUCUGGGUGGUGCUCAAGCGGACACUCCUCUUCAGCUAUCGCGAUUGGACACUUAUGUAUCUGCGUUUGUUUGCUCAUCUGUUGGUUGGCUUUCUCAUUGGUGCGCUCUACUACGACAUUGGCAACGAUGGAGCCAAGGUGCUCAGCAAUUUGGGUUUCUUGUUCUUCAACAUGCUGUUCCUCAUGUACACCUCAAUGACCAUUACGAUUCUAUCAUUCCCACUGGAGAUGCCCGUGCUGUUAAAGGAGAACUUUAAUCGCUGGUACUCGUUGAAAUCCUACUACCUGGCUAUAUCAGUGGCUGAUCUACCAUUUCAAGCAAUCUUCUGUGUCAUCUACGUGUCCAUCGUUUAUUACUUCACCUCGCAGCCUUGGGAGCUGUUCCGUUUCUCGAUGUUCCUGUCGGCCUGCCUGCUCAUCUCGUUUGUCGCGCAGUCUGUUGGUCUCGUGGUUGGUGCUGCCAUGAAUGUCCAGAAUGGAGUCUUCCUUGCCCCGGUCAUGUCCGUGCCAUUCCUGUUGUUCUCCGGCUUCUUCGUCUCAUUCGACGCUAUACCGGUGUACCUACGCUGGAUCACAUAUCUGUCGUACAUCCGCUAUGGCUUCGAGGGCACUGCGCUGGCCACUUAUGGCUAUGAGCGCGAGAAGCUGCGCUGCUUCCAGACCUAUUGCCAUUUCAAGUCGCCCAUAACGACGCUGGAGGAGCUGGACAUGGUGAAUGCCAACUUUACCCUGGAUAUUGUGGCCCUUGUUGUGAUCUUUGUGGUUCUGCGUGUAUCAGCGUACCUCUUCUUGCGCUGGAAGCUGAAGACCGUGCGCUAAAUUUGUUAUAAAGUUAAUUAUUGUUUUCGGUUCUAAAAGCUUUCUAUGUACCUAUGUACCUACCUUUUUAGUUAUCAACAAAGCGUUCUGGGUUCUUAAUUUUUAAUGCUGUACAUUUUAUUUUUUGCCUAGUUUUUAGUUGAGAAAUUCAGUGUCUAAGUGAUAGCCGCUUUAUUCCACGCCCAGAAAUAGAAAACGAUGAUAACAUUUGAUCAAACUAAAGAACGUUGAACAAACCACAAUUAAGUACUAAGAAAAUAUACGAAAAUAAGUAAAUAAAACAUUAAAUCAAUCUAUUUUUGCCAAAUUUAAUACAAUAUUUAAAUAUA